AACCCAAAAGCUUCAACCGCUUUCUUUUCAUUCAUGUUCUCUUCUUACCACUGGGGCAGGUUGUUGACUUAUAGCUUUAUAACUUAACCAUUACUAGCCAGUGCUCGCUUUUUACUUUUUUCGCCUUUGAACAUCAGAUUUGUCUCUCUUUUGUAAUGUUCAUCUUCAUGCUACCUGGUAAUUUAGUAACAUUCACCUUAACCAGAUCUCCUUAAUCAAUUCGAAGCUUUCAUCUUAAUCUCCGUUGACUGCCGGCGAUCUACUCUUUACCAUGGGCCCCCCGCGUUCGGCACCGGCGCUCAAGCUGUCGGCCAACUGUCCCGUCAAAGCCCGGCCCGUGGAAUCAACAGAUCCUUUUCCUAAAGAGUUUCUAGCCUUCUUACAUGCAAUCCCAUCCACCGAUUCGCCUGAUGAGCGCCCUAGGAAGCGCGCUCGUGUUGGCCAUGUCGACACUAUUCCCAUUGCUAGGGAAUCGCUAACUCUCAGCCAACCAAUCCAGGCCAUGGUGGUGUUCAAUGAGCCGAUUUCGCGUAAGAAUGUUAAUAAUCACAUGAAGUUGUACUACGAUGAGCAGCAUCGCAUCCUCGAUGUUUCUUCAAAUCCUCGAUCUCCAAAUGGCAGUUUUAACUCGAGAUUUGAGGUAGCUCCAUCAAAGCUUGCCAAAAAGCUAUUAACGAUCCUCGAAGUGCUGAGCAGAAGUCGAGACAAGCAAGAUGAUGAGGGCGCGCUUUGGGUAAGGAUGUCAAUCGACUUGGACAGGCAACAAUGCCAAGACUCUUUGAAAAUCACCUUCGAGUUGAAUUGGAACGCAUCAGCUUACACCCUUCGUAAUGCCUCCCAGCGUGCUCUGAGCCAACCUGUUCUAGAUACCUUCUUUGAGGGUCAGAUUCAGACACGGAACACCACCGAGGAAAGACUAUUGCCUCAGGCUUUUUAUGAUGCGGCGUUUACUCCCGAAAAGGACUAUGCUAAUGUCUCGUCCAUUACAAUUCCCGGACUCGCCUCGAGUCUAUAUCCUUUUCAACACAGGGCCCUACAGUGGCUUCUCAGCAGGGAAGGAGUCAAGUGGAGUGAUGCUAGUCCGAAUGGGGGGCCUGUCCUUGAGCCAUUGUCGCCGCCGCUAGCUACUGACCUACCAUUCUCUUUCAGCGCAGCAAGGGAUGUCAAUGGACUACCCAUCUAUGUCAGUAGUCUCUAUCAAAUCGUGGUCAGAGAUCUCACACCCUUUCACGAGAGUGAGACUGCCGUCAAAGGCGGCAUUUUAGCAGAGGAAAUGGGAUUAGGAAAAACUGUCGAAACCAUCUCGCUCAUUUGUAUGCAUAAACGUGAAGGUGCGCAAGCAUCAGCCAUCAAACUUCCUCGAGAUUUGCGUUUCAGUGGUGCUACCUUGAUCAUCACGCCCGCCACACUGAAGACCCAAUGGAUUUCUGAAUUUAGCAAACAUGCACCUCAACUAAGUGUGAAGAUGUACGACGGCAUGAAAGGCUUCGUUGGUGAUGCAGAAGAACUGAUAUCUGAGCUGGCCGGACAAGAUGUCGUGAUCACUACUUAUUCUGUUCUCCAGGCUGAGAUUCAUUAUACAGAAGACCCGCCCGAUCGUUCAAUGCGACAUGGAAGGAAACCCCAGCGACCCAAGUCGCCACUAAUCCAGAUCUCUUGGUGGAGAGUUUGUAUCGAUGAAGCUCAACAGAUUGAAAGUGGUGUAAGCAGUGCUGCGAAAGUUGCAAGGCUGAUCCCCCGUAUCAAUGCCUGGGGCAUUACAGGCACACCGGUUAAAGAGGAUAUCAAAGACUUGUGGGGCUUGUUAUCCUUCCUUCACUACGAACCUUUUGUCUCCUCUAUGACCAUAUGGAACGCGUUGAUAACUUCAUACGGAGACUUGUUUAAGACUCUAUUCAACCGUAUUUCCCUUCGACACACAAAGCGCGCUGUCCGCGAUGAGCUGAAGCUUCCCUCUCAGAAGCGCUACGUCAUUACUACACCCUUUUCGGUGAUAGAGGAAGAGCAUUACCGCACUCAUGUGAAACAACUGGUUCAGGGCCUCGGCCUCGAUGAGGUAGGAACGCCAAUAAACGAAGAUUGGGACCCUGAAGAUCCCGUGAUAAUAGAUCAGAUGAAACGCACUCUCGCACAUCUCAGACAAAUAGUCCUACACGCGUCCCUUGGGCCUGCUAAAUUCGGUGGUGGUGGUACAGAACAGAGGAAAGGCCCACGAACACUUGAAGAGGUACUCGAUGUCAUGAUUGAGAAGUCGGACUCGGAAAUAAGAAAUGAACAGAGGAAUUACUUGACUCUGAAGAUAGAAAGAGGUCAAGUUUUCAUGCACAUGGGAAGAACAACGGAUGCUCUACAUAUUUGGAAACAAGUUGUUGAUGAGGUUGAGGUCUUUGAAGAUGAAUGCAGAAAACAACUAGAAGAUGAGCUUGAGAAGGCUAUUAAUGACGGUUCCCAUGAUCCUUUGAAGCAGAUGAAGGGCCAUGAUUCCCCGAAUGGCGACGACACUGAUCAAGAAAAGGCAAUGGAGAAAGUUAAUGAGUGUCGCCGCAAGCUCAGGUCUCUGCUCUAUAUACACCACAGAGCACAUUUCUUUAUUGCUAGCGGUUACUACCAGAUGAAGAGUAAUUUACAGACGGCCAACCCUCAAACAAAAGAUUUGCAAGACCUCGAGGAGAAAGAAGUGACCGGAUACGAGACCGCGAAGAAUAUCCGAAAGGAAAUCCUGCACGAGGCACGUACUAAGGCCUUAUCUUCCAUGACUAAGAUUCGGGACAAUGCAGCCGCGCAUUCAUUCGUGAAGUUGUCUGAAGUCAAGGUUCCUCUCCUUGACGGGUUAGAGAACGAGCGAGCCCUACAUAGUUUUGAGCUACUCAGUGAUGCACUUAACGCGCAAGCAGAGUUGGUUACCGAAUGGCGGGAAAUCAUCGUUCAGUUUCUGAUGAAACCUCUCGUAGACGAAGAGGAUAAAGACGAAAUCACUGGUGAAGAGUACGAAGACUCAACGCAGAUUCAGGACCACUUGAUGGUGUACACACUCGCUCUGAGGGCCGUCAUCGCAGACCGACAGGAUGCGAUCACCGGCUUAGAAAACGAGAGAGUCAGAUACGACACUGGAAAUGCACAGAAACAGGCGUUGAACGGCGAAGGUCAUGCUCCCAAAAAGGCUCUCGAGUUACUUGGACGACGCGAUCAAGUCAAACCGUCACGCCACGCGGCCUCGUUUCGAAGCAUUGUUACGGACUUGCGAGAGUUGGCCACGAGGCUCCGCCAUAAGGCUCAUGGAACUAACCGAGCCGCAAUCGAAGUAGGAAUUGUCGAAAAGUACCAGAAGUCAGCACAGGAGCAGAGUGCUUUGCAGAGUAAGGCGGCUAUAGCCUUGGAGCGAGAGUUGGACAGCUUUGUUACAGCCAUGAACACUCGUGUCGAAUACUACAAACAGCUGCAGGUAGUUUCUGAUAUGGUUACUCCGCUUGACGUAUCGCAAAUCCCAGAUCUUGAAGAGAAGGCACAAAUUCUACUGAGGAACAUAGAAGCUAAACAAGAGAAAGUUGCUUCGGCGCGACCAAAGCAUCGCUAUCUUCUCCAUGUCAAAAAGGGGGGCCAGAACUCAGAAGAGAUAUGUGUCAUUUGUCAAGAUCCGUUCACAGAUGGGGUUCUCACAGUCUGCGGCCACCAAUUUUGCAAUGAUUGUAUCCUAAAAUGGUUCGAGGCACAUCAUAGCUGUCCCGUCUGCAAGAAGAAACUCGGGAGAUCGAUGCUCCAUAAUAUCACACUGAAAAGACAGGAGCUGAAGCUCCACCCAGAGCCCAUCUUGCAGGAACAAUCACAGCCUGAAUCACAUGCGGCAGGUGAUGUCGUACCAUUUUCAAGAUCUAGAAAGUCUGGCAUCUAUUCGGAGUUUAGUAGCAAAAAGCUAGAGGUGAUCAAGAAUAUCGAUCUAAACGGGCCUUCGUUUGCUACAAAGAUUGAUACCAUUACGAAGCAUCUAAUGUGGCUACGUAUCGAAGAUCCAGGAGCCAAAUCGAUCAUCUUCUCGCAAUUCGGUGGGUUUCUCGACAUUCUGGCCCAGGCCUUUGACCAGUACCUGAUCGGAUACACAUCUUUUAAGAAGAAUAAUGGCACUACGAGGUUCAAGGAAGACCCUGCUAUCGAGUGCUUCUUGAUGGAUGCCAGAGCGCAUGCUAGUGGUCUGAAUCUGGUCAACGCCAACCACGUUUUCUUGUGCGAGCCACUUCUGAACACCGCUCUGGAGCUACAGGCCAUUGCCCGUGUAGACCGAAUUGGUCAAGAACAUGAGACCACAGUGUGGCUCUAUCUAAUUGAAGGCACGGUGGAGGAGUCUAUCUACGACCUGUCAGUCCAACGUCGCCUAGAGCAUUUGGGAAGGAACAUGACAGGGGAUGAAGAGGAAUCUUUAGCCGAGGUCUCGGAUAUGAAUCUUGAAGUAGCAAACUCGCUCGAACUUCAACAGGCUUCCCUGUCUAAGCUCAUGAACAGGGACCAGUCUCUGGGGGAGGUUGUCGACAACAACGACCUUUGGCAGUGUCUAUUCGGUCACGUCUCGAAAAACAAUCCCUCUGUGGUCAGCUUUCUCGCAGACGACGCUACAGAAGCGAGAGGACAGGACAAGACUCAACACAAGCAGGUGACAGUUCAAGUGCGUAAUGACUUAGUACCUACAUAGGGUCCUAAUACGGCUACGGGCAUACAGACUAGGUAGCCACCGGCGGUUUCUUAAUAGGUGUACAUACGGGCUAGAAGCUUUAGAGGCUUCGUGCCCAUGUUACAUUGUAUAGUAGGCCUUGUAUGUAUAUGAAGGUCGGAAAAACGCGGCGUCUGAGAUAUUCAUGAUGGGAAGAAGAAGAGGAUGGCGUUAUUGUGUUUGUAGGGUGAUAACUACAUGAUACCACAAUAGUUUUGUCAGUUCAGGUACCUAACCUUGGACUUGUAGUAGUCGAGCC